CUUUGUAAAUUGAAGAAACAAAUGAAAGGACGAUGGGAGCAAUUAAUGGAUUGAAAUCAAUUAUAGGGCGAAGUCCAAUUGAAGACGCGAAUUGACUGUUUGCUAAUGCUACUCUUCGUUGCUCAACAUUUACUCUUCGUUUACUAUUGAAGAAAACAGACCGGAAAGUUUAUAACAAACAACAUCUGCGAUAGCUGCUCCGGCCAAGGAUCGUGGUGGAUCAGCUCCAGCUUUCAAUGCUUCCAAAGGGGCUUAAUUUCUACAUCUCCAUGCUCCAAUCCUGCAUCUCCAUCAAUCAACUCCAUCAACUUCACGCUCAGAUCCUCAAGACCCACCUCUCCCACAACCUUUUCCUAUUAACCCGUGUAGCACACACUUACCUCAAAUUCGGUUACCCAACUGUCGGACAAACAUUCAUCACCACCAUCAUCAAGAACCCACCUUUAUUCCUCUAUAACGAGACCAUCAAGUGUUAUGCCAAAAGGGGUUGUUACAGAGACUCAAUCAAUCUUUAUUAUCACAUGGUUGGUAAGGGCUACAAACCGAAUGCCUUCACGUUUACCUUUGUUUUGCCUGCUUGUGUUGGAUUGAAGUCGGUUACCGAUGGCCGGAGAGUUCAUGAUGAUGUUAUGUUGUUUGGGUGUGAGUGUAAUGAGUUUGUUACGACUGCGUUGAUUGAUUUUUAUGGGAAAUGUGGGGAAUUGGGUGUCGCACGCCAAGUGUUUGAUGAAAUGCCGGUGAAGAAAACCGCGAGUUUUAACGCGUUAAUGGCGGGGAUGGUGUUGGAUGAGAAGUUUGAUGAUGUUUUAUUGCUUUUUAAUGAGAUGAAUAAGAUGGGAAUCGAGGCGGAUGCUAUGACAAUGGUUAGUGUGUUACAAUCAUGCGCGUAUUUGGGUGCAUUACAACAGGGACGAUGGGCGCAUGAGCGCGUUAUCCGGACCCGAAUGGGGGUCAAUGUGUACUUAGGUGCAGCUUUGAUUAAUAUGUAUGCUAGAUGUGGUAGCAUAGACGAGGCCCGCCAAGUGUUUGAUAAAAUGCCGCAAAGAGAUAUCGUUACUUGGACAGCAAUUAUAUGCGGGUAUGGAAUGCACGGUCUCGCCCACCUUUCGGAAUCUCUUUUCGUUCAAAUGGUAAGCAAUGGGUUAAAACCGGACGCUGUGACGUUUGUUGGAGUUUUAGCGGGUUUUAGUCACAACGGCAUGGUUGAAAAAGGGAGGUAUUAUUUUAAUAAAAUGUCAAACGAGUUUGGCGUAAAACCAUCCUUAGAACAUUAUAGCUGCAUGGUUGACAUGCUCGGUAGGGCUGGCCGGUUAAAAGAAGCCGAAGAGCUUAUAAGAAACAUGUACGUACAACCCGAUUCCAAGAUAUGGGGCGGGCUGUUAAACGCGUGCAAGAUUCAUAAAAAUUACAAAAUGGCCGAAAGAGUCGUGCCCGAGAUUCUAAAACUGGAUCCGACUAACGCGGGAUGGCACGUGCUCAUGUCGAACAUCUACGCAACUUCCGGAAAAUGGGACCAGGUAGCGAAAACGAGACGAAACAUGAAAGAAAAAAAGUUGGAAAAAUCACCGGGUUGGAGCUCGAUUGAACUUGCGGGACAAAUUCACACGUUUCUUGCGUUUGAUCACUCACAUGACCUGUCGAAAGAGAUUUACGAAUAUCUAAAGGAUAUAAAACACAAGAUGAGAGCCGAAGGUUACGUACCGGAAUUAGACGUUGUGUUUGAAAAGGUUGACGAUCGGGAAACUAAGGAGGAAAUGUUGUUCUAUCAUAGUGAAAGAUUGGCUAUAGCGUUUGGGAUAUUAAGUACGUCAAACGGUGAUGUGUUGAGGGUGAUGAAGAACUUACGGGUGUGUGUCGAUUGCCAUAAUGUUAUUAAGUUUAUAUCGCGAAUCACUUGUCGAGAAAUCGUUGUUAGAGAUGUUAAAAGAUUUCAUCAUUUUAAGGAUGGUGUUUGUAGUUGUGGGGAUUUUUGGUAACAAUUCAUCAAAUUGCUCAUCAACAGUUAGCUAAAUACUUGAUGUUUGUAUAUUCAGAAAAUAUGUGUUAAUAUUCAUCAGCUAAUAGUUUUUGUUUAUC